UGAAGAGGAAUGAAAAGUGUAAUUGAGCUUCCUUGAAGAGGGACCGGCUGGGGAUCCCACGGGAAAAGCCGGCAACAGCAGGUAAACUGGAAGGCUAUGGGGAGGUAUAGGUUCCAACAGGUGCACAGUCUCAGUCGGCCUCACCUCAGAGGCAACACAAGUCGCUGGGCACCAUCUGGGGACCCUGCCUUCUCGAAUGGCUACACUGGUUUUGCCCUAGUUCUUUAAUCAAUAAUCACACUCACUAAGAAUGAACACAACAUGUAAGCAUCUAACUUGCGCAGGGAAACAGGGCCGCCUGCAACCCAACAGGCGCACGCACAGGGGCACUCGGGGCCAUCCUAAGCCACUUGUUCGCUGGGACCUGGAAGCGGGGAACAGUGCUCUGGCCAUAUCUGCGUUGUGUCCUUAGUCCUCUUUUUCUACAAUGCAGGAGGGGGACUUGGGAUUUAAACUUCUAGUGGUACUCAAAGCCAGAACUCCACGUUCAUUCCGGAGUGAGCCACCACACCACUAUUUCCCGGCAACGUCAUGAGGCUUCCUCAUUAUUUGCAUCUAGGUUCUCUUUUUGGCGACUAGCCGGCCCUCCAGCCCUUGGAAACUCAAGGACCCCAGAAUCUCGGCUUUCCGCCUACCAGAGGUGCCCUGAUCCCCUCCCACUGCCCUGGCAGCGGCCCAACCCCAACGCCUUUAGCUAGAGAUUGAAAUCCUCUGGAACCAACCACAAGACACUCUGGAUUGGGGCGGAACCCGCUACCACUGUCUCGAAAGCAGCACCCUUCUCGGAUUUGCGCCCUUUGCGGCGCGCCUGGGCUGAGAUCUGAGAAAUGCGCCCCGGGCCACAGGCAGCCGCGGAGGCGGGGAAGAAACAACUUUCCCUCCACCCUCUAACCGCAAGGACGGGGUGGGGCGGCCUCGCUGGGGUCAGGCUCCUCCGCUUCCCCAGCUGGGAUCCCCUGCUGGAGCUGGCGUGAGGGCCGAGGAGGGGGACCAGAGGGGCUGCCUUCUCUCCCCAAGCUCCACCAGAUGUUGGAAAGGCAAACAAUAGGGGAAACGCGGAGAAACAAAAGGCCAUUUGCCACGAUCCCAGUCGGCAGCGCCGCAAGGUCCCUGCGGGGAGGGUCAGUGGAGAGGGUCGGGAAAGAGGGCGAGGGGGCUCCCGAGAGAUUUAGGGUCUCUGUUACUUGCCAGGCGGCAGGGGUCUGCGCUUUACCCUCCCUGCAGUGGUCUGAAGGUGGGAAGGGGCAAUCAAAGCAAAGUUGAAGGGUUUUCACCUUCUUCCCGAGUUCAAGGAAAGGGAGGGGCUGGGAUUCCACAUGUUUGACAGUUGUUGGCCCCAAAGUUAAGCGCGAUUUGUACGACCUUUCUACGCUCCCCACCCCCAUGAGGCAUCAUCAGCCCCGGGGGCGACCCGGCUGACCGCGCGGAGUUUCCCGACGCUGCCCGGAGCCGAGCCUCCUCCCUCAGGAUCAGGACGCCCAAGCGUGCUCCCCCAGCCCGGGCGCACUUUUGUAAAGUUUGUCUUCCCGCCACCCCACAGUCCAACACGCACCCCGCAGGCGCCAGUGGCUCGGGAUGGGCUCGGAGACAGACGCACCCCGAAAGGAGGACGAUCUUAUUGAUUUAUAUGUUUUCAAAUCAAGGCCACGGAUCCCGGGGUGGAAAGUGGGCGACCCGGGUUCCUGCCGGGAAGUGCGCACGAGGAGCCGGCCCGAAGCCCGGGCGCCCGCAGGGGUCUGAAGCGGACUCCAGCCCCGGAAGCCCGCGGCCGGCCGGCAGGGGACAGGUCCGCCGCCGCCCGCACCCUCCGCACCCGCGCCCAGGUGCGCCCCGCACUGCUGCCCGCCUGGCGGAGAUCUCGAGCCAGCAGCCACCGGGCUGCGCCGCCUCCCCUCGCUCGGAGCGGGUUCUUACUCACCGUGGCGUUUUACCGCCAGCCCGGGGCCCGGUCGGCUCCCUUCGCCGGGUCAGCGGCAGCCAGCGCGAGAGGACAAGGGUGAACUCGGGGCAGGUGGGGCGUCGCUUGCCAGUCCACGCGAGGGACUCUGCGGCCGGUGCGCGCGGUCCCAGCGAGCCAACCGGCGGACGGGCGAGCGCCUGGCUCCAGCUCAGCCGCCGCCGCUCCGGAGCAGCCCCCACAGGCACCCAGCGCGCCGCGCAGCCGGCCGGCGCUCGACUGUCUCGCGGGGUCGCCGAGCGGGGACCCCUGGCGGCCGCCUGCGGAAUGGCAGCUCCGUUGGGAACAAGGUCGUCUUCGGGAUCAUCUUCCCUUCGGAAAGACAUGGGAAAUGACCGGUCUAAGGGGGCUCCGAGCCUUGCGGAAAAGACACUGACCCUCGGGCCAGGGCAGAGAAGAAGGCGUCGGAUCAGAAAGGAUGCGCUCUGCGUCCGCAACGGCCACUUCCAAGGCACCUACAGAGCGGGAAACGGUCUGCCUUCUUCCGGAUUUUCUGAUUCUUGAAAAAUAUCAUGAACUAUCUGACAUAGAGCAGAGCAUUAAUCAUUGGAAAAUACUCAGAUUCUAGCAUGUUUACUAGAACACACUGGGAGUCCCGGACGAACAUGGAUUUUAAAGCCCAACCCACAGCCUGCCACUCUCUAUUUGUGUGCUCUUGGUCUAUCUACAACCUUAAAGCCUCAGUAUUCUCCAUAAAUUGGUGGGGAGCAAUAUCUACCUUGCAGGGUGAUGGUUAUGGGUAAACUACACACAAAACGUUUUUCAGUUUAUAGUAAGAGUUAUCAAACAUGAGCUUCCUGCCUUCUGUAGAAAAAUAAUGGGAUCGCUCACAUUUUUCUAUUCCCCAUAUGAUCACAUCUUAACGUAUAUCGAAUGACAAAGUACUGCAUUCCAGCAUUCUUACGACACCCUUCAAAGAGAUAUGGAACUAUAUUAAGUAGAAAUUAGGAUACAAAGAGAAAGCAUCCCUCUUCUAAAAGAGGUUUCUGCAGCCAACUACCAAACGAGACCUAAAAUCACAUGCAUUUUUUGCCAUAUCAAGUCAUCUCAGAUAUUGUAAGAAACGUUUCAUAGUCAUGACUUAAUGAUAUUAACCCUGGAUUAAAUGACUCUAAUUCUAUGUCAUUUGUGUAAUAUAAAGAUAUCGAUUGUGACUAUCAGACUCAAAUAUGAGAAAAUUGCCAGAUACAAAAACACAGCCAAUAAGCAAUAUUUCCAUUCAUCACCAAGGAAUCUCAUUUCCAGAGUGCCCCGGUUUUUAACAGGACGAACUUUAGAGUCAGACAGAGCCAUGGUAGCUGAGUCUAACCUUUCUGAAUCUCUGUUACCUCAUCUUAUAAAAUGAGGAUAAUAUAGGUAGCUGUCAUUCAAUGAAGGAAUGCAUACAACAUGCUUAGCAUAAUAGCUGUCACAGGGUAAGUGUUCCAAGGUCACCACCUAUGGUUCUUUCCAGCAUAUAGUUCUCAUGCCACCCACGUGUAGCCCCUCCCUCAUGAGUUUAAGAGACCCCAGCAGGUGUUAUACUCACACACACACAGGAUUCAGUGUCCCUUAAGAUGUUAUUUGUUAUCUUCUGGAAUUAGGGACAGAAAGAGAAUAUUUUCAGAUAGCUUGGUAUAGAAUGAAUAACAUUCACAUUCCUUGUCCAAAUCAGUACAGAUUAAUUUCCAUCAUUUCCAACUCACGCUUUAUAUAUUCCCCAUAAGAAAAAAGUCAUGCUGGUCUUCAGUAGUAUAUGAAAAAAAAUUCCAAAAGGAUUUUUUUGCCAAACCACUUCAUUACAGCUUCCCCUUAGAGGAUACCAAAGGAACACAGGGAUAUUGGAAAGGUGUCACCAUAGCAACAUCAUAAUAGACAGAUAACAAUAGAGUAAAAGUGAAGAAAGCAUAUUUGCAUAGUCAUUGACAAGCUUGGACCUCCAGUCAUAUUGCUCUGGGCAGCAGUGCUCAGAGUUCAAGGACUACUCAAAGUAAAUUUGGUGAGAGGCUAUUUCUAUUCGUUUUGGCUGAGUCUGACUACCCAGUUCAUUGUGCUCAUGUGUGCUAAUUGCAAUUGUUACAGGCAGUUUACUAACGAACAACAGACAUCCUCAAGACUCCUUCCUUUCAUCCUAAGCAAUGUGAGUUCACAAAUCUAAACAAGUACCUAAUAAAUCUUCAAUAGUAAAGCAUA